ACUGACACUAGGGUCAGAGUGUAGGGACCGUCUUCUAUCAUCCUGGACUCAUUACCACAUGCUAAAAAUCCAUCAAUCAGUCUAUUCUGAACUCUCCAUCCCAGACCCCAACUCCACUGGCAGUACAGAUGAUGGAGAGGAGACAGGGACAGACCUUGGACACUACAUAAAGAUCAAUAGCUGUUUAUCAGCCAUGCUUCAAAAGCACACAACUUUAACUAAUACUUAUGCAUUGCAAGACUAGG